AUGACGAACCCGGCGUCAGAGGAGAACAAGUCUACCACGCCGUUUCAGUUCGACGCGAGUGCGCCGUCCUUUGUGCCCCGAGCACAGCGUGCUGUGCCGAGUCCGAUUUCGGCCGAGCCGGCUGAAUUGUCCCGGUCGUUCAGCUGGGCUCAACGAGCGAAGCAUGGAGGCACUGCGGCAACGCCGACCAGUGGCCUGGGAGCCACAUUAAAGAGCAAGUCGGUAGUCGACAAGAAGGGAGCUGACAAGCAUAGUACUGACAAGCAUAGUACUGACAAGCAUAGUACUGACAAGCAUGGUGCUGACAAGCACGUGGCGGAUAAGACCUUGUCCGAUAAGACCUUGUCCGAUAAGACCUUGUCCGAUAAGACCUUGUCCGAUAAGACUUUGUCCGAUAAGACCGUGUCCGAUAAGACCGUGUCCGAUAAGAACGAGAAGAAGUCGACGGAGAAACGGUCUAAUGACAAGAGGUCUAUGGACAAGAGGUCUGUGGACAGAAAGUCGAACGAGAGGAGGUCGAACGACAGACGGCCAGCUGAGAAGAAGGCAGAGGACAAGGCUGAGAUGACUGGCCUCGAAUCGGAGGCUGCUGCGGCCUCGUCAGUGGGUUCCACCCGACAGACCAUGGCUGAGAUUAUUCGGCCACCGGUCACGCUGGCCAAGUUGGAUGACAAGCUGGCCGCUGCGAAGCUGGCGACCGCCAAGGCCGAGCAGGGAAAAAAGAAGGCAGCUGCGGACAAGGCAGCUGCGGACAAGGCAGCUGCGGACAAGGCGGCUGCUGAUAAGGCGACUGUGGACAAGGCAGCAGCGGAAAAGGCCACAGCGGACAAGGCCGCUGCUGCAGACAAGACGACUGCAGCGGGCAAGUCUGGUGCAGCAGACAAGUUGUCAGCAGACAAGUUGUCGGCGGACAAGUCGGUGGCGGAUAAGUCGGUUGGGUCUAGCGAGAAGACCCAGCCUGCUUCUGAGGAUUUGGACGAACGGGUGGUGGUGGCGGCGGCGAAGGAGGACGCAUCCACGGUCCGGGACGCGGCCAAGGAGAUUCCUGCCAAGGAGCCGUCCACCCCGACGGCGGGUCGGUGGAAUGCGGCGGCCCGGGACGGGAUGAAGCGAACGGAAUCGCGGACGGAGUCUCGGGCAGAAUCUCGGGCGGAGGUUCGGACUGAGGUUCGUGGUGUCGAGGGUCGGGGUGAGGGUGUCCGUCGUGCUGGUAAAUUAGCGGCUGUGGCGGCGGCGACAGAGCCGGCUCGGUAUUCAUAUGGGGUGGAGAGCAUGUUGGAAUUAAGAGGUCUGCCUGAGUGCCAGACGUUGAAGGUGAAACCGGGAAUGGAGUGGAUAUUGGCAUCAACGGGAGCCAGUGGAGACCGGUCAUUGAAUACGUUGUUGGAGUACCGCAGUUCAAGGAAUACUGAGAGUGGCAAGUUCCAGGUACCGGCGGCUAUUGCACGCAAGGUACCAAGUAGUACUGGUGGCCAAGAUGACUGGAGCCGCCGGAAGAAGGAGGAACUUAUGCGGACUUCUUCAGCACAAAAGAGUCUCGCCCACGCCACUAGCCGCGCUUCUCUCCCCGAAGUGCCUGAAGACUCCUGGCAAGUCCAACAACAGAAGGCAAAGGACGCAGGUGACCGCGGCGUAAAGGUCAUCAGACGUCUCCGUGCACAACUUAACAAAAUGACACCUAAGACAUACGACUCCAUAUUCAAAGCCAUUCUUGACAUCGGUAUCGACAAUGUCUCCGAAGCCGAAGCCUUUGUCAAUAUCAUCUUCGAGAAGGCCAUCACCAAUCACAACUACAUAGAUAUGUACGCCGAUCUGUGUGGAAGUCUGGAACUAGAGCUACAGCAACGGGGGGUAUUUUGCUCGGCGAACAAAGAUGGCCCGGACUUCAAACGGCUUCUUAUUCAAACAUGCCAGAAUACAUUUCAGCUGUAUCUGGGUACAGAUUUUGUAGCUCCUGAAACCGCGGAUGAGGAAGAAGCUUUCGAGCUGUUGUUGAAUCACAAGAAGAAAAUGAAGGGAAAUCUCAUGUUCGUCGCAUGCUUGGCUCAAUCGCAAUUGGUUCAGCCCAAAAUUUUAUUGCUCAUAUUGAAUCAGACGCUGGAUACAAGGAAGUCUCUUCAACUGGAAGCAUUGGCGUCGUUCCUUCCCUCUUGUGCCCCCGCAAUAGCGGAAACUAAAAGAGCACCGGCCUUCUUCCAAUAUUUGGAACGAUGUAAAGAAGCUGCCUGUGACGAUAACAUUGAACAGCGAGUGCGAUUCUUGCUUCAGGAUGCGAUUGAGCAGAUAGAGAAAAUGGGGCUAAAUCAACGUCCUCAACAAUAA